GGAGUGGAUGUGAGCUGGAUGACAGAGCCCGGCUGGGACCAGUGUGAGGAAGAGCACACCGGGAUUAUCAGCAUCAGGAUCGGGAUUAGUUUUGGGAUCAGGAUGCUCCGCUUUCCGUCGCUGCUUGUGCUCUGGCUCGCGCACUUCAUUGACGAGCAUCGAGUUUACGCUGGGAACUGCUGGUACGAGCAGGGGAAGAACGGCCGCUGUCAGAUGCUCUACCUGUCUGAAAUGAGCCGGGAGGACUGCUGCAGGAGCGAGAGGCUCGGCAUGGCGUGGACCGAGGAGGACGUUCCCAGCAACACGUUGUUCCGAUGGCUGCUCAUGCACGGCGGUGCACCAAACUGCAUACCGUGCAAAGAGACGUGUGAUAACGUGGACUGUGGUCCUGGGAAGAAAUGCAAGUUGAACCGGAGAAACAAACCGCGUUGCGUGUGCGCUCCGGACUGCUCCAAUAACACCCUCAAGGGCCCGGUGUGCGGCUCGGACGGAACCACGUACCGCAACGAGUGCGCGCUACGCAGAGCCAAGUGCAGGAGAUACCCCAACCUGGUGGCCCAGUACCAGGGGAAGUGCAAGAAGACGUGUAACGACGUGCACUGCCCGGGAAGCUCGUCUUGCGUGGUGGACCAGAACAACAACGCCUACUGUGUGACCUGCGAGCGCGUGUGUCCUGAAGUGACCUCACCCGAGCAGUACCUGUGUGGGAACGACGGCAUCAUUUACGCCAGCGCCUGCCAUCUCCGACGAGCCACGUGCAUUCUGGGAAGGUCCAUUGGGGUGGCCUAUGAGGGCAAGUGCAUAGACGCGCACUCGUGCGACGAUAUCCGCUGCCCAGACGGAAAGAAGUGUCUGUGGGACAUGAGGACGGGUCGAGGGCGAUGCUCCGUGUGCGAGAGCGAGUGUCCCGAGAGUCAUCCCGGAGACAGCGUGUGCGCCAGCGAUAACGCCACGUACCGCAGCGAGUGCGAGAUGCAUCGGGCCGCCUGCUCGCGAGGCCUCGUCCUCGAGGUCAAACACUCCGGGUCCUGUAACUGCGUCGACCACUGACUCGUCCUUCCCGUCCCGUCGUACGUGGAUCCCGACCUGCUUCGUCACGUGAAUCAGACAAAGCAGCAACGUUUCAGAUGCGUUAUUACGGGAAGGAACAACAAAAAAGAGAAUUUUUUCCGAAAAAAAAAAAAACAGACUUCUUUUCUUCCCUUCUAAAGCCAUGAGCUCCUGCGCUGCUGUGUUCCUCGACAAGCAGAGAGAGCAUGAAGAGGAGGAUGAGGAUGAAGGUCUGGAGAAGACAGAUUAUCGUGACUGUGAUGUGUGAAGCGGUGCGACUCGGCUCCGGCGCAGAGUCAGUAUUCAGACUGUACAUAGACAUACACGCUAAUUUAUUUUCCACAAUUAAAAAAAAAAAGAAAAGAAAUAAAAAAAAGAAAUAAAAAAAAAAAGAAGAGGAAGAUUUCAUAUAGCCGUCUUCUGGAUGUUUAUUUAUGUGUUACUUUUUAUUUAUACACUUAUAAAAAUAAAAAUAAAAAAAGUCCGACUGAAUUUUAUCUUUGAUCUCGUGUAUAAUAUCCACAGAAAAAAGCAGCAUUAUUUAUUUAAAAGGUGCAAUGUGUGAUGUACAGAGAACCGAGAUUGCAUUUUCUCCAGCGUCAUACCCUCCGUGUGUGUGUGUGUGUGUGUGUGUGUGUGUGUGUGUUUAUUCCCUUCUUCUUUAUUCUCCUUAUUUAUUUUGUCCUUCCCAUCUUUCCUUCAUUUUUUUUUUACCUCUUUCUUUCCUUUCCUUAUUUAAUUUAAUCUUUCCUUAUUCCUUCCCUUCUUUGUCCAUUCCGUUUCUUCCUUCUUCUUUCUUUCAUUUCCUUCUUUUUUUGAUUCUCUUUUAAUUUCUUCCAUAUUUUCCCCAUUUCUUUUCUUCAUCCUUUAGUUCUUUCCUUCCUUUUUUCUUUUCCUUGCUUCUCAUUCUCUUCCUUCCUUUCUCCUUUUUCCAGUCUUUUUUGUUCUUUAUUUCUUUCCUUUCCUUCUUUUCCCCUUCCUCUAUCUUUUCUUUAUUUCUUUCCUUCCUUCCUUCCUUAUCUUUCUUUUUCCUUUUCUCGCUUUCCCUGGCUUCUUUCCUUCCUUUCUUCUCUUUCCCCUUCUUCCAAUCUUUUUUGUUCUUUAUUUAUUUUCUUUCCUUCUUUUCCCCAUCUUUUCUUUCUUUACUUCCUUCCUAGCUUUAUUUUUCCUUUCUUUUCUUUCCUCCCUCCCUUACUCACUCCUUUCCUAUCUGUCUAUUUUUUUUAAACUUUCUUUCUUUUCCUUAUUUUAUUCACUUUUAAUCUUUCUUUCUUUUUUUUUUACUGCUUUUUUUUUGUGUGUGUGUCCUGAACAAUAUUUUCCUUCUGCAGCCUUGUGUGUGUUGCUCACUAAUAAAUGGAUCUGGUUUUGUUUACACACUCAAAGCUGGUCUGUAAUUAAACUCUUUAUAAGCGCUCUGUUUUCUUUUUUCCACAGAGACGCUCGUUCAUGUGAAAUAAAUAACGUGACGGUGUUUAUAACGUUAAAGGUGUGGGGGUUGUUCGGCGUGGUACGGAUGAAGGAUCUUUGUUAGCGUAUUAAAAAUGUGCCAUAAUAAACGCUUGGAUGCUUUUUUGGCAGUGUAGCUGACUCAGCUCGGUUUAUUCCAGAAUGUACAGGAUGAACUUUAUCACUACGUCUCAUUACUGUCUCUAUAAUCUCAGAGUUAUUAAUGUAUAGUUUUUUUUUUUUUUUAUUGUUCACUGUACAUAAAAUAAACAAUGCUGUUUGUAAACAUGCAAUACAAGUAAAAUGGAAAACGACA